CCCCGCAGGGCAGCCCGCGGCCCCGCAGCAUGUGAGCCCGGCGGGGCGGGGAUGCUCUGGCUGCUCUGCGGCCCCUCCCGCGCCAUGGAGAGCCACCAGGUGCUGGUGAUCCGCAUCAAGAUCCCCGACGGCGGGGCCGUGGACUGGACCGUGCACUCGGCGCCCCAACUUCUCUUCAGGGACGUGCUGGAUGUCAUCGGUCAAGUUCUGCCAGAUGCAACGACAACAGCGUUUGAGUAUGAAGAUGAGGACGGAGAUCGGAUUACUGUCAGAAGCGAUGAAGAAAUGAAGGCCAUGCUGUCCUAUUAUUACUCCACUGUAAUGGAACAGCAAGUAAAUGGACAGUUAAUAGAGCCUCUCCAGAUAUAUCCAAGAGCCUGCAAGCCUCCUGGGAAACGGAACAUACAUGGCCUGAAGGUAAAUACACGAGCAGGGUCUGCUAAUAAUAGCAGCUCCGCAGUCUCGGAUUCCCUUCCAAGCAAUAGCUUAAAGAAGUCUUCUGCAGAGCUGAAGAAGAUACUUGCUAACGGACAGAUGAAUGAACAAGACAUACGGUAUCGAGACAUCCUCGGUCAUGGCAAUGGAGGCACGGUCUACAAGGCAUACCAUGUCCCUAGUGGAAAAAUCCUGGCAGUAAAGGUCAUACCCUUGGAUAUAACGCUAGAGCUCCAGAAACAGAUCAUGUCAGAGUUGGAGAUUCUCUAUAAGUGCGACUCGUCGUAUAUCAUAGGAUUUUAUGGGGCUUUUUUUGUAGAAAACAGAAUCUCUUUGUGUACAGAGUUCAUGGAUGGGGGUUCUUUGGAUGUUUAUAGAAAAAUUCCAGAGCACGUACUGGGAAGAAUAGCAGUAGCUGUUGUGAAAGGCCUUACGUAUUUAUGGAGUCUAAAGAUUUUGCACAGAGACGUGAAGCCGUCCAACAUGCUGGUGAACACACGAGGGCAGGUGAAGCUGUGUGACUUCGGGGUGAGCACCCAGCUGGUGAAUUCUAUAGCCAAGACGUAUGUCGGAACAAAUGCUUACAUGGCGCCGGAACGGAUUUCAGGAGAACAAUACGGGAUCCAUUCGGACGUUUGGAGUUUAGGGAUUUCCUUCAUGGAGCUUGCUCUUGGGAGGUUUCCAUAUCCUCAGAUUCAGAAAAACCAGGGAUCUUUAAUGCCUCUCCAGUUAUUGCAGUGCAUUGUUGAUGAGGAGUCGCCCGUCCUUCCAGCCGGGGAGUUCUCGGAGCCAUUUGUACACUUCAUCACUCAAUGUAUGAAAAAGCAACCUAAGGAAAGACCAGCACCUGAAGAUUUAAUGGGCCACCCGUUCAUCGUGCAGUACAACGACGGCCAUGCAGAGGUGGUUUCCAUGUGGGUGUGCAGGACGUUGGAGGAGCGGCGCUCGGCGCAGGGCGCACCGUGAGCUGCUGGGUCGUGGGACAGAGCUUUGGGCUCCCCCCAUCCGGGUCAUAUUGUGCUAAAAAGCAACACAAUCUUUUGGGAUGUUGGUUGUUGCCUUCCUCCCUCCCGCGCAGACACGUUAAGGAAUUCCCUUCACACGUUUCUCUCAUUUAAUGUCCUCAAAUUAAUCUUCAGUUAAACUGUACACAGCCUUAAAGCGAGUAUUUUAUAUCUCUAUUUUUUUUUUUUGUUAUUGAAUGUAUUGUAUAUUUCAUG